AGUAGCAGGGUGGCAGCGCGCCCGCACGGACCACGGGACGCGGUCCGCCCGCCGGCAGUGCCGCACGCACCACGACGCCACCCCCAGCACUGGCGCCGGCUCAGCUCCGCGAGAGUGCGGGAAAGUGUGCUGCCCGCCUGACAAGUGUAUCUACGAGAGGUUUUCGCCCUCCCUGUUCUAAGAAAAUCUGCAGAUAAACCUAAAGGACGAGGGUUUUCUACACGCUUUGCGUCAAGUAGGUGUUCUGUACGAGACCAGUGUCAGCUGAGCAGUUGAUUCGAGAGAUUCUAACUCCCUUCGUUGGACGGUGGUGUGUUUGAGACGGGCAGAUCUUUCUCCUAAAGGGAAACAGCAGUGUGGUCAGCGGUGAACGAGUGUGGCAUCCCGACGUAAACAGAGUGCUCGCGGUGUGACGAGUGAUCACUGUGUGUGCACACGGGAAGUGGGAUUUGGCGUUGGUUUGAGCUUCUGAGGUGCCCAGACUACAGUGGCUGUGGAGUGAGGGCGGUGGGAUUGCGGCUGGGCAUGUCGGCGCGGCUUCACCGCAGGCGCGCCUGACCGCCAGCUGCGGCGGCCGCUGGCUCCAGCGGCCGCGGUGCCUCCCAGCGAGCGCAGCAUGGAGGACGAGGAGCGACCGGCGCUGUCGGCGCCCUGGGAGCACCUGCUGUCCAGCACGGUGUCGCCGGCGGCCGCUGUCGCGGUGCGCAUGUCGCUCGACGCCGCCGCCGCAGACCCCGCCGAGCCGCAGCCCGCGUCGCCUUCCGCCUCCGGGCAGCAGAACGGCGGCCUGCUCGGCUCCUUCCACAAGCACCUGCCCUUCGGCCGCCUCUCGCUCGCCGCCUCCGCCUCCAAGGACGGGCCCGCCGCGCCACUCUUCAGAUACCGGCAGACGCGGUUCAGCUCGCGUCGGGUGCGCAAGCGCGUUAUCUUCAAGAACGGCGACUGCAACGUGGUGCAGGGCAACGUGGCGAAGCGCCGGCGCCGCUACCUGCAGGACAUCUUCACGACGCUGGUGGACGCGCAGUGGCGCUGGACGCUGCUCGUCUUCGCGAUGAACUUCGUGCUGAGCUGGCUGGCGUUCGCCGUCAUCUGGUGGCUGAUCGUGCUGUCGCACGGCGACCUGGAGCCCGAGCACAACGAGAAGGUGGCCGCCGCUCUCGGCCGCAACCUCUCCGACGUCGACGCCGGCUGGCGGCCCUGCGUCCGCGACGUGUCCGGCUUCGCCUCGUGCUUCCUCUUCAGCGUCGAGACGCAGCACACCAUCGGCUACGGCUCCAAGCACACCACCGAGGAGUGCCCCGAGGCCAUCUUCGUCAUGUGCCUGCAGAGCAUCGUCGGGGUCAUGAUCCAGGCGUUCAUGGUGGGCAUCGUGUUCGCCAAGCUGUCGCGGCCCAAGAAGCGGACGCAGACGCUGCUCUUCAGCCGGCACGCCGUCAUCUGCCAGCGAGACGGCUACCACUGCCUCAUGUUCCGCGUCGGCGACAUGCGCAAGUCCCACAUCGUCGAGGCGCACGUGCGCGCCCAGAUCAUCCGCAGGAAGGUGACCAAGGAGGGCGAGCUGCUGCCGUACUACCAGCAGGAGCUGCGCGUGGGCGGCGACGGCGAGGAGGAGAAGAUCUUCUUCAUCUGGCCCACCACCAUCGUGCACCGCAUCGACAAGUGGUCGCCGCUCUACCCCCUGUCCGCCUCGGAGAUGCUGCGCGAGCGCUUCGAGAUCGUCGUCAUUCUCGAAGGCGUGAUCGAGUCGACGGGGAUGACGACGCAGGCGCGGUCGUCGUACCUGCCCAGCGAGAUCCUGUGGGGCCACCGCUUCGAGCCGCUGGUGACCUUCAAGAAGGAGACGGGCGAGUACGAGGUGGACUACAGCCUCUUCAACAACACGUACGAGGUGGACACGCCGCUGUGCAGCGCCAAGGCGCUGGACGAGCUGCGGCAGGCGCACGGCAAGACAGACUGCGGGCCGUCGCCGUCGGCGUCGCCGGGCGGCCCCGGCAAGGCGCGCUGCGGCCUGCGGGCGCCGCCGGACUCUCUGGAGCUGCACAGCGCCAGCGGAGACUCCAACAGCGAGGACGCGCCCACCGUCGUCACCGUGACGUCACCGCUGGACGCCGCCGGCCCCGAGUCGCGCAUAUAGCGGGCGCCCGCCCGCGCCGCAGACGCCGCCAAGGCCAGGGGCUGACGGCAGUUCGUGACUGCGUAUGAGGAGCGUACCCCCAUCGUGCCCGACGAGGUGUGGGCGUUCUGCAGUAGCCGCUCGCACCGCUUGGAUGAGCUCGCGACGGGCUAUAGUGAUGACUUGUGUGGUGUGGACAGCACGGUAGCUGAAGUGCGUUCUGUGUGGACUCGUCAAGUUGCAGUUGACGCGCGUCAAGAUUUGUGAUAGUGUUUAUACCUUUUUUUUAGCUUUUCGUUCAUAUUCUGCCUGUGUUACGUGUGACCAUAAAAAGACAUCUGAUGUGUAAAUAUUCUGACAGUACCCACUCACCUAUACAAGUGCGUCUCAGUAAACGUUUGUGCGGUUUCGAACAAUGUGAGUGAAUUAUAUCUGCCUCCAAUAUCACGCGAAGCACUUGUCGCUCACACGAGCUCGCUUUUAGAUUGAAGGGUGGGAAAGCGUCACGGAACUGACGCAGAAUUAGCUUGGUAUAGGAAGUAACUGAGCUUUAAUUUACUAUUUCUGUGCCCGUGGAAUGGACGUCGCUAUUCGUGUGUUCUUACCGAAUUUUAUAUGAGGUCGCUAAGACCUGCAUGGCCGUCCUUUUGCUGGCUUUUGAUUUUGUACGUUUUAUCCAUCAUUUGCUGUUGUGCGUACGCAGUUCUCAACGGUGUGUAUUGCCACAAAAGGAAUCCGUUCCGUAGGUAUAAAGUCUGAAACGUUACGUUCUUCCACAUGAGAACUGCUUUCCAGAUAUUUAAGAAGAAAAAGACUUGAGCUGUUUUAUAGAGCCAUAACAGUUUUCAUUGAUGUAACGUAUGCGAUGAAAAAGGUUUACUCGCGAGUGUAAUAAAAGAUAAAAAGUGUGUGUGUGAUACGGCACUGACUAGUCAGUGAGAAUGCUUAGUGGUAUUACUGAAAGCUAGUAGUUGGAAUAACUACCGUUUUGUACAGUUUCAGUGCAUGGUAAGAAUCGAGGAUCGAUUUAUGUUUUCCGUGAAGUAAUUGUACGCAGCGGAGAGAAACAAUAAAUUGUUUAUUGAAACAAUA